AUUUUUAUUCAUCACGUUAUCUAGACUAUUUACAUUAUUUUAAGAUAUUUAAUUGGCUUCAUUACUAUUUAAGAUAUUUUAAAUUUUAAUUUCAUAAAAAUUGUAUACACUCGAGCUUAUAAAUUUGCUUUUAUUGUGUAAUCAUGAGAAUUGAAGAUUCUAAGGAGAAUUUCCAGAAAUCAUUCAUGUUAAAGCUUUCAAAGGCUAAAAGAUCACUAGUAAGGCUUACAAAGAAGACAAUAAACGUAACCGGAUGGACAGUUUGGAUAAUCGGUACUGCCGCAGUGACACUCGUUGGCCCGGUCAUUUUUCACUACGAUAAAGAAUGUCAUCUACUUGAAAUACAACAUCAAUUAUUGCAAGCUCAGCAGUCGGCUUCCGUUCCAAUUCUUAAUUAAUUUUAUACUAACGAUA